AACACACCCCAGAGCUGUGCUAGCACAACAACAUUACUGACUCAGUUCAUAAUAAAAUCUUCAGUGUUUAGUCUUUCGUCGCUGGUGCAAUAUCUGCCUGGUGAAUUUAUUUUUCAAAGAAACUUAGACUAGUGAAUUGUAUCAAGAUGUUUUUCAAGGAACCCUGGAAGGCUUUAAUUUCUCCUCCAAGCAGCCCACAAAAUAAAGAUUCUAAUGUAUCUGAUGAUGAAUCUGUGCAAGGUUCAUUCAGCAUCCCACCAAACCCAGCUUCACCUUUAAGAAAUAUCCUGACCCCUCAAAACUCAGACUCUGAAAACGACGAGCAUGAUUACCCUCUUAAGAAACGCAUCUGCAGGAGGCAGCAGAACGAGCUGGAGAGAAGACUAUUGGAAAGUUUCACUCCACCACCGGAACCAAUACUUCAAGUAUCUGAAAAUCCUUCAUCGAACAGAACUACAUCGGUAAUAAUGAAGGCGAACAAAGAUGGUUCCUGCUCGUCCACAUCAUUACCCUUAGAAGCACCACAGGAGGAGAAAAACAUAUUGAAACUGCUGAAAUACAAAAUGGGAACUAGGAGAGAAAGAAUUUUAAUAAAUACCAAGGACAAGGAAAGAGAAGAGGCAACUGUACAGGACAGUUCAACACAACCUUGUCAGAAUGUCUGUGAACCUCCUCCAGUGGUGCCACAACAACCCUGUACAACAUUCAAAACGCCUCUUUCUCCCACACCACUCAACACCUGCGAAGUGCCUUCAAUACAGCCAAGCAUAGCUACAGUCCCCGUAGUUUUCAAGACUCCCCAGCUGUUAUCACCAUUGAACCAUACCAAAACGAAUCUCCUCCAACCAAUAGCCCCAAAGCUGGUGAAACCCACGCAUCAGUCUCGCGCUUUGUUUCUAUCGGCAGAUGGUACUGUAAUUCCUGCUCAAAUAGUUGUUAUCGCUGCGCCUGCUCCUGCCCAAGCUCCCCCAGAACGGCGCAGAGUGUACGAAUGCAGUUACGAGGGCUGCGGCAAGAACUAUUUCAAAUCUUCGCAUCUGAAGGCUCACAACAGGACGCAUACCGGGGAAAAACCAUUCAUCUGCCAGUGGAAGGAUUGCGGCAGGAAGUUCUCGAGGUCCGACGAAUUAUCGAGACACAAGCGGACGCAUACUGGAGAGAAGAAAUUCGAAUGUACCGUCUGCCAAAGAAAGUUCAUGAGGUCUGAUCAUUUGGCCAAGCAUGUGAAGAGGCACGCCAAGGAGAGACCUAGUACUACCCAAAGAUUGAGGAUUUUACCCUCUUUAAAACCUCCCCAAUCGUCAAUGGUGUGUUGAUCAUGUUCAGAUUUGGUCAAACUAUUUUUAUCCAGACUGAAAGCAUUGUACAUUCCCAUUCUCAUCCAACUCUUAUCUGUGAUUAUCGAUUAAGUUUUAUUUAUUUAGAUUUUUGAAAUCGUAUUAUCUGCAUAUCUAGUUUAUCGAGACUAGAUGUGACAGUAUUAUUAAUGUUUGAAUAAAAAUAUUUUUAUACCUA